AUGCACUUUUCCACUGCUCUUGCCGCUGUUGCGGCUGUUGCGCCGCUUGUCAGCGCCCAUGGAUCUGGUAACGGUCUCCCAACCAUCGUUGGACUGAACCCCAAGGACCUCAAGGCUCGUGCUAUUCUGUCUAACCUCGGUGCCCGUUUCGCCACGGUCAACGACUUCGCAAAGACCGAUGUCAAGUCAUUGAAGGCUCGCCAGGAUGACCGCCAAUGUGGCCAAGGGGUUGGCUCCUGCCCUGCUGGCCAAUGUUGUUCCCAAGCAGGAUACUGCGGUACUGAGGACGACUUUUGCUACUCUCCCGGCUGCGACUACGCACACGGCCCUGGCUGCCCAGAGAACAAAACACCCGCUGGUACCAACACUUCUUCUAUUGCCCGUACCAAGCUUGGCUCAGUCGAAUAUGGAGGCGAUGGUAUCUACAACUGUGUCACUCCCGGCACGGUGGCCCUGACCUACGACGACGGCCCACAAAAGGUUUUCACCGCCCAUAUCCUGGAUUUGAUGAAGCAGUACAAUGCAAAGGCCACAUUCUUCAUCACUGGUAACAACAUCAACAAGGGCCAGAUCGACAUUACCCCCGAGUUCUCCAGUGUCCUCAAGCGCAUGGACCAGGAGGGUCACCAGCUCGCUUCUCAUACCUGGACCCACUUGGACCUCAGUGCCAUCUCCCAGAUCGACCGCAAGCAGCAAAUGUGGAAGAACGAGAUGGCUCUCCGCAACAUUGUCGGAAAGAUCCCCACCUACAUGCGCCCACCUUACUCUAGCUGCACUGGCCAGUGUGAGACUGAUAUGGCUGAUCUCGGUUACCACGUCAUCUACUUCGACGUUGACACUGAUGACUACAACCAGGACAGCCCCAACCAGAUCCAGCGCUCUAAGGAUUGGUUCCGCGGUAACAUCACUAAGGGCGGUGCGACUGCUAAGGGUGGUGCUAAGUGGCUUGACAUCCAGCAUGACAUUCACGAGCAGACCGCAAAUAACUUGACCGAGUACAUGCUGAAGACCAUUACCGACCUGGGAUACAAGGGUGUCACCGUUGGUGACUGUCUCGGCGACCCUGCUGCCAACUGGUACCGCACUGCUGGUGGCGCUGGAACUUCCUCCGCUGCACCUGCUGCUACCGGUUCAAAGAAGGUUUCUACCGAUGCUACCUGUGGUGGAACCAACCAAUUCUCUUUCGGUAACUGCUGCUCUGCAGCAGGCUGGUGUGGCUCAACCACGGACUACUGUGGAACCGGAUGCCAAUCUGGCUUCGGUAACUGUGGUUCCAACGGCGCCGCUCCCUCAAAGGCUGCUACCACCAAGGCUGCUACCUCUUCCAAGGCUGCCACACCAACCACCCCAGCUCUCAAGGUCUCCACAGACGGCACAUGCUCCGGUGCAAAUGGCUUCACUUGCCAGAAGUCGACCUUUGGCAACUGCUGCUCCCAGUACGGCUGGUGCGGAAAGACCACCGACCACUGUGGUACGGGAUGUCAAAAGGGCUUCGGCACUUGCACCUAA